GAGCAGGAGGAGGUAUCGUGCUGCGCGCACCACUUUCCCGAAAACAGGGAGAUCUGGGGUUUGUAGUACCGUCUACCUGGGUGUCUGGAUGUCCUGCGCUUGGCAGAGCACCGGCCAGAUCCGGUGCAAGGUCUACUACGACUCGGUUCUGAGGCUCCAAGAGAGAAGAUCCAUGAGGUGGAAUCUGGGAGUCAAACACUUUCAUCCCUCAACAAGGAAAUCCUUUGAUUUUUAAAUAUUGUUGGAGGCUGCCUUGGAGCACGAAUGAAAGAUGGGGAAGGAAGACCCAGCUAGCUGCGAAGCAGGAGAAGGCCUUGAGGCCAGACAAGUGGGGAGCACUGGGGAAUUCGGGGAAAGGGCCAAGCAGAAGAUGCUGGUUGAGGACAUCAGGAGCUCAGAGGCCCAGCGCCUGCGCUUCAGGCAGUUCUACCACCAUGCUGAGGGCCCCCGAGGUGUUUGCAGCUGACUCCACAGCCUUUGCCAUCAGUGGCUGAAGCCAGGGAGACUCACAACAGCUCAGAUUGUGGACCUGGUGACCCUGGAGCAGUUCUUGAGCAUCCUGCCCCCAGAGCUAGAGAGCUGGAUCAGAGAGUGUGGAGCAGAGACCAGUUCCCAGGCAGUGGCCCUGGCAGAAGGUUUCCUCCUGAGCCAGGCAGAGGAGGACAAGAGGCAGGAAAAAUAGCAGGUGCUGGAAUGACGCUACUGAUGCAUUCUCAGCCCUCCCUUCUGCCUGGUGGGAUGGAAGAUGCUUCAAGACCACCGAAGAAGGGCCAGGUGAGCUUUGAGGAGGUGGCUGUGCAUUUCACGGAAGAAGAGUGGGCUCUGCUGGAUCUGGACGAGAGAACCCUGCACAGGGAAGUCAUGCAGGAGAAAAGGAGGAAUGUGGCCUCUCUGGCAGAUGAUAGUGGGAAGAUGAAUACGGAGGGAAUUUGCAAUGGAGGAAUGUUGGUUGAUGUCAGCUGGAAAAAGAGAGGGAAACAGAGGAUGGACACUGAAGCAAAAGAGAAGAACAGGAAUGGUUCUUCUGUUUCUCAUCAUGGAGAAAUCUAUGAACCAAAUUUUCAAUCUUAGUGGGAAAAGCACAUAGGAGAGAAACCAUAUAAAUGCUUGAAGUGUGGAAAGAGCUUCAGUGAGUGGAAGUCUUACUAGGCAUCAAAGAACCCAUACUGGAGAGAAGCCAUAUAAAUGCUUUGAGUACAGGAAGAGCUUCAUUCGGAGCAAAAAGCUACUAGCCAUC